AUGAACCGUCUCAAAGAUUCGAGAUGGGUGGAGGAGGAGGAGGAGGAGAAAGAGGAAGUGGAGGAGAAUUUCUACCAUCCCGAAGUAAAGGAGGAGGAAGAGGAAGAAGGGCCAGGAGAAGGAAAGGUAGUUGGAGCAGCUGCUGAUGAAGAGGAGGACGAGAAGGUAGAUGCUGAGGUGGAACACGAUGACGAUGAAGACGAGGAAGACGAGAAGGAACCAGCAGCAGCUGAUGUUGAAGAGGAUGAUGAUGAUGAAGAAGAAGAGAAGGCAGAUGCUGCUGAUGAUGAUGAAGAUGAUGAAGACGAUGAAGUUUCUCCUGAACCCAUCUCCACCUCCGAGGAUGACGAGUCAGCUGUGUCACCUGACUCCGACUCUGACGUACCUGUCGACGUCAAGGACAGCGAGGACGACGUAACACUCCCCGAUGAAGACGACGAAAAGGACGACGAAGACGACGGAGAUGAUGACGAUGCAUUCACUGACUCCUCGGAAGUCAGUGAAUCUGCACUUCUUUCCAGUGACGAGGAGGAGGAUGACGACGAUGACGAGGACGAUGAAGAUGACAAAUUAGCCGAGGGCGUCGCGACGUCUGAUAGCGAUGACAUCAUCGCCGCAGACAGCGAUGAAGACCUGGAGCUGGACCUUCUUCCUCUUCCCGCUGCUGUCGAGGACGAUGAUGAGGAAGAUUUCAAACUUGAUGAAGAACGCCUGGAAGAGGACGUCAAAGUUGCUGAAGAAACUCAUGAGGGUGAUGAUGAUGAUGAUGAUGAUGAUGAUGAUGAGCUGGACCUAUCAGACGAGGAUGUCUCUGUCGCCUCCUCUGACCACUUUGCAGACGAUGAAGAUGAUGAUGAGGAGGAGGACAGUGACCUCAAAGACGAAGACCUCGACGUAGACGUCCAUAUCGAUCUCGAUGAUGACGAUGCUCUCGAGAAAGUCGAUGAUGUCACCGAAGACGACGUCCACGACGAAGAUGACGACGACAAAGAGGAGGAGGAAGAUGACCUCCCUCCCUUUGAGAGUACAGACAGCGGAGUCUUAGGCGAUGAAGAUGAAGAUGAAGAUGACGACGUUGAUCUUAAAACAGAUGAUGAGGAAUCUGUCGGAGAAACUGUCCUCAGUGAUGAUCUUUCAUAUGACACAUUAGACGAUGAAGAUGAAGAUGAUGAUAAAGAUGAUGAAGAUAUCGACACCAGCUCGUUUGAGUUCACCUUUGACCUCGAGGAGGAAAAAGAAAUCACAGAAACAAUCGUUGACGAGGAAAAAGAUGAAGAUGAGCUCCCAGCGGGGUCAUUGGCUGGUGAGCAUGAAGACGACGACGAAGAUGAUAAAGAAGAUGAUGAAGAUGAAGAUGAAGAUGUUGAUGAUGAUGUUGACGACUUCUUGUCAGCAGCCUCUGCUGCAGCGACGCUCACUGUCCAGGAGGAGGCAGUAAAGACCGAGGCAGACGCAGACGAGGACGAUGAUGAUGAUGAUGAUGAUGAUGACAUCACACAGGCUGCUGAUGAAGAUCAGUCUGAGGAGGAGGACGACACAGAAACUAUUGUCGGCCGGUCUGCUGCUCCCGAAGACGAGGAGGACGAGGAGGAGGAGGAGGAGGAUGAAGAGCCGACCGCUGACGUAAAGAAAACCGUGGACGAAGCAGAGGAUAGAAAAGAGGAGUACGAUGAAGACGAGGAGGAGGAGAAGGCCUCUGUGGAUGUGAGCAAACCUGUGGCCGAACCAGAGGAAGAGGCGGCAAAGAGCGAUCCCACAGUGUGUCCCUGCAUGCACUCUGCCAAGACUGACGAGUCUGCAACCAAGACUGAAGAGAAGAAAGAGGCUCCGAGGAUAGUGUCAGCUGUCAGAAGGAGAAAAGACCGUGAAGCCGUGGAGCCAAAAAGGAAAGCUUUACCCAGAAUUCCCGGCCUGGGGGCGAAAAUCCGAAGGAUCAAGAGAACCCCUCUUCUCUUCAGAGCAAAGAAAGCAGAAAAGGCCAAGACUGAAAAACCAGAGACGGAGACCAAAAAACAAGAACGAGGCCCCAGAAUCUGGAGAAGACGUCGGCCCCUGCAGACCUGCACCCGUCUACUGCCCGUCUCCACCUGGCUGGUACGUUCAUCACGUCGUCACAGACAACCCGUACCCUCCUCCAACAAUGCAAGCUCCCUCUGCUCCUGUCCUCACUGCUCACCCCGUCCACCCGGGAGCUCUGCCUCUUUAUCAGCAACAACCUCCUCCACACAUGCAGCCGCUCUACGCUCACUAUCAACCAUAUCCACUGCCUGUGAUGCAGCCUCCGCCUCCACCUCAGUCAGAACCGGUACAGCCUGCACCUGAAGCAGAACCAGUCCAGACAAAUGCCACUGAAGCAGAGGCUCCAGCUCAGCCUGAGAUCCAGACUCCACCAGCUGUAGCUUCGGUCCUGGAACCAGACGCUGUAGAGGAAGAAGUGAAGGCUGCUCCUGCCAAAAAAGCUGAAAAGAAGAAACUGAAGGCUGCUGAUUCAAAG